GUAAAUUCUGCUGCACCUUAACCCUAAGAGGGCCUUGGAACACUUUUUAGCAGAUUCAGCUGUCAUAACCAAGAGAGAUGACAGAGGACUCAGAACCUGCGCCUGGCUAUGACGAUUACUACAAUUUAGAUGGUGCUGCAAAUGCUGGAUCACCAUGCAACAAUGGCAACGCAAAGGCCUUCAGCGAGGUUUUCCUUCCCACCCUGUAUAGCAUUGUUUUCAUUCUUGGUUUCAUCGGAAAUGGCCUGGUAGUGUGGGUCCUGAUCAGAUAUCGUCAUAAAUCCAACAUGACAGAUGUGUGCCUCCUCAACCUAGCCCUAUCUGACCUACUCUUUCUUGUGUCACUCCCUUUUUGGGCUCAUAGUACCAUGAACGAGUGGAUUUUUGGCAAAUUCAUGUGUCAUAUCAUAACAGGUCUCUUCAUGUUGGGUCUGUAUGGUAGCAUCUUCUUCAUGGUCCUUAUGACACUGGAUCGCUAUGUUGUCAUCGUCCAUGCCCAUAGUAUAUUUUCCAGAAAUCGGUCUAUAAAAAUGGGUUUGGCUCUGGCCUCAUUUGUAUGGAUUUUCAGUUUGUUUCCAUCCCUCCCAAAUAUUAUUUUUGCCAAAGAGAAAAUGGAGAAAAACAAAACAUCAUGCGAAACUGAUUUUCCUGAAGGUACAGCCUGGAUGUCAUUUACUUACCUUAAUAUGAACUUCCUGAGCUUGAUUUUCCCUCUGAUUAUUAUGGGCUUUUGCUAUUCCCGGAUCAUCCCUACUCUGCUAAGCAUAAGAUCACAAAAAAGGCACAAAGUCAUUAGACUCAUCCUGGCUGUGGUGGCAGUUUAUUUCCUCUUCUGGACUCCAUAUAACGUUGUCAUGUUUCUUAUGUUCCUGCAGAAGCAAGGGUACUUGUUUUCUUGUGAGUUGCAUACUGGUUUAAGCCUUGCCAUGCAAUGGGUGGAAACAAUCGCCUUAAGCCACUGUUGCCUUAACCCUAUCAUCUAUGCCUUUGCCGGACAGAAGUUCAGAAGAGCAGUCCUUAAAGUCCUAAAAGAGCAGUUUCCAUUGUGCUUCAGCCAGUGCACCACUUUGUCUCAACAGUUAUCUGAACGCAGAAGUUCAGUCUUCAGCAAAUCUGGUGAAUAUUCCUCCACGCAGAUUGCAUAGAGAAAACUUAUUCCCUCAGUUAUGUUCUCUCUGAGUAGCUUACAAUUUUUUUUUUUUUUUUUUUACUAUCCCUAAGUUCCCCUGUUUAAUGAAUGUAUAUUGUGUUCUUGAAAGUUGUCUUUGUUCUGUUUUUAUUUUUUUAUUAUUAUUUUUUUUUUUUACAAUUUUGUUUACAAUAAUAUAUGUUAAGUAGGAGAAUGCAGAAGUUAAAGCUGUUGCAAAUUUGCUCCUCUUUGUGCAUGUAUAUUGCUCAUGUUAACAUUGUUAAUUGGCUCAAAUUUUCAAAUGAGACUUUUUGACAUCUUUCUUAAAGAAAUGCAUUUAGCCUAUAUUUUGAAUGUUGCUUUUAAGAUUUUUUUUAAUGUUAAGCAU